GGUGCGACAGAAAGCCGGUCCGGUUCGGAGGUUUCUUUUGUGUCUGGUGCCUUGCAUCAUACAGCGGUUAUGACUCAGAGGGACGGGCACAGACGGACCAGGAAGCUGGAGGAAGUCAGUGCAAACAGCCGACAAACAUAAGACGCAUUUAUUAAUGUUGGAGUAAUAAUAACCUCUGUCCGCAGUGCCGUCUGCUGUAYAAAGUACUUUUACUGACAGAAAGGAAACUGAUAUUUAUUUUUAAACAAGCUGCUUUGUAAAAAGUUUGAGGAGAACGAGUCGAGGCAUGAAUAUGAACCUGGAAGAGCAGGAAGACGAGCUGCUCGCCCUGGAGAGUAUCUUUGAUUCGGACGAGUUCGUCCGAAACGAGUUUUCCGGAGAAAUCCGAGUGUCGCCAGAUCUCCCUGUGGACUUUAACGUGGUGCUGAAACAUGGUGAAACACAAAGGCAGUAUGUCAUUUCUUUCCUUCCUCCCCUGCUUCUGACCUUUGAACUUCCGGUGGACUACCCCUCCUCCUCCCCUCCCUCCUUCACUCUCACCUGCACCUGGUUGACUCCCUCACAGCUGGCUUCUCUGAAGGCUCGGCUCAUUGAGCUCCACCAGGCUACAGGGGGCGCUGUGGUGCUCUUCUCCUGGAUUCAGUUUCUGAGAGAAGAUGCCCUGAAGCUCCUGAACAUUCAGAAUCUGCUGGAGCUUCCCUCAGAUCAAAUCAGCUCCGUACCUGAAAAACGGGACCAACGAGACCCUGAACCAGAGGAUAAUUACACCCAAAAAUCAGAACCUACAGAUGUGUCUGAUCUUUGUGGACCAGCUGACUGUAUCCUGGUCAAUUCUUCAGCUGCAGCCAAGAGCGCAGACACUCAUGGAGCUGAUCGAAAUGAUUUAACUUCCCCUUUUAUCCAAAGCAGCCUAAAUUCAGAGUUUACAGACCCAAAGGCUCUUACUUCUAAUGACCUUUCUAAAUCGGAGCUUCUUCCAAGUGUUGAGUCUGUUCAAAUUAGUCAGGAAGACGGUUCUGCUUCAGCGUCAAGCUCCUCAAACCUACAGGGUCCGAGCGAGGCGACCCCUCGUCCGGUCCAGCCCAAAGCAAUCUCUCUGAACAGCGGCGACAUCGUCUCAGGGAUCUCUUUAACACCGUCGCAGAAGCUCCUGUCCCAGAUUCUGAUCUAUAACGCCGAGCAGAAGCGGAGGGCGUUCGCCACCACCGUGUUCGCCUGCGGCGUCUGUUACACGGACUGGCUCGGGUCCGAGUGCGUGCAGCUCUUCGAGUGUGGCCACGUCUUCUGCCGGGCCUGUCUCGGCGACUUCUGUAAAGUCCGCAUCGCAGAGGGGAACGUCCGGGGCGUCGCCUGUCCCGAGGUGGGCUGCUCUGCGACCCCGACACCUGCACAGGUGAACAAUCUUGUAGGWGAGGAGCUGUUCAGCAGAUAUGAUCGUCUCCUCCUGCAGUCUACACUAGACCACAUGUCUGACGUGAUGUACUGUCCUCGGAGUUCCUGUGCCUCUCCUGUAAUUUCAGAAAAGUCCAGCGGUGUGGCCAUAUGCUCUGUGUGCAGCUUUGCUUUCUGCGUCGACUGCAAAAAGACCUACCAUGGAAGCAACAAGUGUUACGAAGACAAGAGCAAGACAAAAGUGGAGGACUUUCUGAAUUUUCCGCAAACAGAAGAGGGAAUGAAGGCUCUUCUGGAUGAUUAUUCUUCUGGCAGUAAGGAGAGGCGACGCCUUCUGAAGAGCAGAUAUGGACGGAAGAUUCUGGAUGGUCUCGAGUCAAAUUUGAACGAGAAGUGGAAGUCUGAAAACACCAAAGCCUGCCCCCACUGYUUCUCCCCAAUACAGAAGGAUGGUGGGUGUAACUUUAUGCAGUGUACUUGGUGUCAGCAUCCAUUCUACUGGACCGACUGAGAAGUUUGGAGUCAGAAGCUUCCUUCAGACUUGGAAGUGGACGGAGACACGAGAGGGAAAACACUUGUCAAAAUACAUUGAAACUGAUCUUUAUGGUAACUAUACGGAAACUUAACUAUUUAAUCAACAAAGCUUGAAAAUGUGCACCUUUUUAAAUUUAUUUUUUGCACAUAAAGGUACAAUUCUCAUAACUGUACCUGGUUUUAAAUGCACUUUAGAAAAUUGUUCUGAUUAUCUUUCUACUUGAAGCUUUAAAAUAAUUCACUUCUGUGAGAUAAGCUGUCCCUAAUGUUUUUAAAGAUAUAAAAAUGUUUAUAAAAGAGCUAUAUUUAUUUAAACAAAAGUGUAGCAAAGCUGUCAAGUUUUGAUUUUUUUUCUYUCUAAAACCUUUUGAAGGAAUCAGCUUUUUAGUUCAUCGUAAUUAUCAGCUAUAUAAAAUACUAUUUGAAAACAGGCCAUUUGGGGAUUUUAACGAGCAAAACUGUUUUAUAUUUAGAACCAGGCUUUAUGAGAAGUGUAUUGAUCCAAUAUGAAAUGUAAAUUACAGUAUAGAUUCUGUUUUUGUUUGCUCAGUUUGUCUGUAUAAACAUCAGUCAUGAAGUUUUUUAAUGUUUUAGCUACAACAAAAUUAAAUUGCCCUUUCAAACAUACAAACCUUCAUAAAGUGCAGAUUGAUGCUUGGCGCUGUCAGCCCCGUAAAGGCUUUCAGUUAAAUACUGUGAGCCUUUUGGAACUCUGUUUUAAUGUGUCAUGAACAGCAGAUGGCACCAAAGAACUAAGUAAAGCUGUUUUUAUGAGCUGUGCUCGAAUAAAAGCAAUUAAUUCAAGUAAAUAACCAAUUGUUCAUCUAAUAAAUAAGUGCUUGCUUGGA